UGACAUCCAAGACGUCCAUCCGUGCUGCCCCAAAUGUUCUUUGGGAAUCGACGCGCAGAAGGGAAGACAUUUUCUUUUUCAAGCCGUGUGAAAUUUCGCAACCAGUGCGUAAUUGCAUUCGCUUGCAGCAGUUCCAGCUCCGUGGAAUAAAAAAAAAGUCGUGCAGCCCUCUACUUGACCGGCUAAUUUUGCAGCCCGUGCCCGUGUGUGCCCUUGUCGCUAGGAAGCCGUAACCAAGCAGGAAGAAGAAGGAACGAAAAUGGGUGUACAGAUUGUCCCAAUUGCCAACGGUGACCAGACCACCUUCCCCAAGCCGGGUCAAACGGCGGUCGUCCACUACACCGGCACGCUCGACGAUGGUACGGUGUUCGAUUCGUCGCGCACCCGCGGCAAGCCGUUCAAGUUCUCGGUCGGCAAGGGCGAGGUGAUCCGCGGCUGGGACGAAGGCGUCGCCCAGAUGUCGGUCGGCCAGCGUGCCAAGCUGGUGUGCUCGCCGGACUACGCCUACGGUAGCCGUGGCCACCCGGGUGUCAUCCCACCGAACGCUCGGUUGACCUUCGACGUGGAGCUGUUGCGAGUAGAAUAAACUGGAGAGUGCAAGCAAUCGCUUCACAUCCGUUUACCAGAUGCAACACACACACACAAAUCACACACAUACACAGUAACACAUAUGCAUUGACCGAAGCACCGAAUUGAAGAAUGAGAUAAAGGAGGAAGGAAGGCUUGAUGUGGAUGCUAAAAAGCAAGAUAACAAAACAGCUACCACCAACCCGUUUCUUGCCCUUUGUUAGUCGAAAAAAAAAGAAGCUAAACAUUCUUAUCAUCACGUGUGUCGUAACAGUCAGAUUGUUAUCUUUCGAGCCGAAGACUCAUCACAAACUGUAACAGCAACCAGCACAGCAUUAUCUCGUACCUAGCAGAGAACUCGCUAUCAUUGUGUAAUGCUGGUUUUAUUGGCUUUUUUUUGUGGCUAAAGCUCUUUUUUAACCCUCUAGUCUUUGUUGGCGUAUAAAAGCGUUUUUUUUUAACGAAUGAAUUGUACAUUCACCCGCACACCAACGAAAGAGAAGAAAGGAUAAGUCUUUUCUUCCCCUUUCUUAUUCCAAAAUUGCACUGAUUUUGCAUUUAACUAUUACAAACAAGAGCAAUAGAGGGGGACGAAGAACGGUAGAGUAGUACAACAUAGCGAGAUAGCGAGAGCGGAAUGUGAAAUCAAAAGGCGUGAAUCGAUUCGGAAUACAAUUAAGAUAAUUGCAAUCAAACGAACAAGUCUCCCCUUUCGUAGUGGAAUCGAACAUACAUUUGCGAGCUAAUUGAGAUGAUGAUGGAUAAUGAGAUGAUAAAAAUUGAACUUCCCAUUCCUCCUAGAGAGCACACUACUAGCAGCAGUCCAGCAUGUUUGUCAAAGUUUUUGCUGUAUCUUCUUCUCUUGUACCUCUUUAAAUUAGCACAUUAAAAAGGGCUUUUCUAGUUCGUUUUUAGACUUGAAUAUGGUUGUCCCAGAAACCCAGGAAGCAUUUAUGUCACCGCGCACCGUUAGUGGCAAUAUUUAUUCGUCAGUACAAGGGAUGAUCCAAAACAACCACACCUCUUAAAAUGUAACUCAGAAAAUGGCUACACUCGUAAGCCGCCAGCUCACCCCGGUACGUGUACUGUGUAACUGCCACCCCUCGUCGAUGUGCAAUCCAAACUCUCUCUCUCUCUUUACAACCUAAUCAUUGGUCAACGGUCAUUGGUACUGCAAUGUGAAAAUGAAUCUGAAACACUCAAUAAACCAUUAACUCUAUACCAAAUCAGAA